AAUGACAUCAGGGUGAAUGGAGGCGUGUGAAUUUUGUUGAAUAAGAUUUCACCACUUACUCUGAUUAAAACACCAGCUGUAGUUUACCCUCUCCUGACAUCACUGUCCAUCGAAAAUAAAUCGUAGAGGUUGCGGGCGGUGAGAGGGAGAAAGAACAUGAAGCUGAUACGACGUUGUAAAACUUUAUUAGAGGCGUACAACUUCCGAGCUCUGGACCUGCAGCGUUCAUUAGCCGAAAGUCCAAGAAUGUAUUUAAAACGCAGCUUUUUUGCUGCUACCUCAUCGUGUGUUUAUGACCCGAAGGUUGAUUUAUUGUCCCAAGAACAGAGGAGAAUGUGUUUUGAUACCCACGCUUUAGUCCUGGAGCUGCAAAGUAAUGGUUUUUCAAAAGAGCAAGCAGAGGCUAUAGUUACAAUAAUAGCAAAUAUAACCAAUGCAAAUAUGGAAUCCACAUACAGGGAUUUGGUAACUAAAGCACAACAGAUAAAGAAACGUAAGCAUGAUUACUGUGGGGUGUUUUUUUUUGCUUUAUCAUCUCAAGAAUCUAUUCCUUUGGUUGUCGCAGUUGAAUUAAUGCUGCAUCAAAUCAUGGCCCAUUUAGACUCGAUAAGAAAGGAUAUGGUUAUUCUUGAGAAAAGUGAAUUUUCAAGCCUGAGGAUGGAAAAUGAGAAAAUAAAAAUUGAAUUGGAACACGUGAAACAACAGCUAACGGAUGAAGUUAAGAAAAUCAGAAAUGAUACAAAACUGGACAUGAACUUGGAGAAAAGCAGAAUUAUGGACUUGUUUAGAGAGCAAGAGAAGCAGUUAAUGACAUCUAAAAAUGAAUUUACUGAAAUGAAUUCAGACACGGACCGUGCAAUAACUGAAACAAACAAAAAAAUUGACACAGAUGUGGCUUCACUUAAGACCAUGUUGGAAUCUCUUAAACUGGAAACAAUGAGGCCGCAUCCUUGGCAUAUCAAAAAGCAUCUAGUCGUGAGGCCCCGAGAGCUGGCCCCAUUGCUGCAAAGAACCGAAGUCAGCAUGUAACUCCAGGUCAGAGUCUUCAAAAAAACCUUGAAAGGGAAAAAAAGAGGUAUCAAAGAUAGAAAUAGAGCUGUUUCUGAAGGAGCAAGCAAAGGAGUCGCCGUUAGGCGCCACCAUCCUCCUAAGCUUCGUUCAAAUUCACUGAUUUUUAGGCUGUAGGUCUUUCUGGCCAACAAUUUUCUUCGACCUUUGUGCUGCAAUAUUUAUCUUUAAUAUAUAAAAUAUCCAUAUUCUAUAUUCUGAAGAUUAUAUUUAUAGAUUAAAGACAAUCUAAUCUACAUCACCUAGGCUAUUAUUUUAUCAGGUUGGGAUACUUUUUGAGGUUGCCAAUGCAUUUCCAAACUUUUAUUAAAUGUGUGGUGACAAAAUUCAAAUAUUAGUUUCCCAUGCAUUGGUUCAGAACACCAAGUAAUGUUGUGAUAGUUUGACAUGCAACUAAAACCUUUUACUACAAUCAUCAGCAUUAGAUUGACAAACCAACAGAAUAAACCAGCUAUUAAAAUAAUAAAUUGUAUUGAAUUUUAAUUUACCAAUUUGCAAUUGCAUGUGCACCCCACAACUGAAGCAGAUUUGUAAUCUAACCCUUCCCUGUAUAAAGGGUUGGGCAUUGCAGGUUAAAAGGACAAGUUUUGUGCUGUAGUCUUCUACUUGAUUGAAACUUCUAGAGUUCACUUUUACCAAAAUCUUUUACAGCCAGUUAACACGAGUUGCCUCUGUCUUCAAGCAUUGAGUGUAAACUUCAGUAAAAUAUUUACCAAGGGUGUGGACUUUGGCCUGUGAACAUGCUCAGGCACAAGUAAUACCUGCAUAUUGCAGUUCAACUACUCAUCUUGGGUGACUCUUGGUCCCGAAAUGAAGUCACCAUAGGUUCUGAUCCUCGUGCAGUAAGUGCGUUGGAAAUGAAAUGCAGUAUUGGGGUGAACUCCACAUGGUGCCUGACCUGCAAUCCUCAAAUGCUGGAGUCUCGAGCACCAGUCAGCUGGAGGAAUUCAUGCAACAUCAGACCUGCUGGGUGGGGUUUCAAUCCCAAACAUUGAUAAUUCCUGUUCUCCUACAGAUGCUGCAUGACGGCUGGGUUCCUCCAGCAGACUGGUUGUUGGUGCAGAUUCCAGGAACUGCAGUCCCUUGUGUCUGCAAGAUUGAUAACAUGUUGGGCAAUGGCAUAUUCCAUUUUAAAACCAAGUUUUCACUAAGAGUGAUUCCGUCUUCGACCCAUUGAUUAAUGUUGUGGUUUGCAAAUGUGAAGUGUAAGUUCCUAUGGGUAACUAGAUUCAUGAGGGUUCCACAGUUUCUCAUUUAUAGAAUCAAUGACAGUAUCAAAGACAGCAAAACAUAAUAUGCUCUAAUGUUAGUGAAAUUGUUCAUCAGUGCUCUCACCCCGUCCAACACUGUCACUUUAAGUAUGCAUUUAAACUUCGUCCAUCCAUCCAUCUGAAAUAACAUGAUUUGGAGUUUAAAGAAAAAUGUAAAUAUACUGAAUUGUUUCUUUUUCCUUUAUA